CAGUGCCCAUUGCAAAGAUGGCGGGGACGCGGCUUUAGUCGUACUCUUUGCGACGUUCUGCCGCAGGAGCUUUCCAGCCUCGGACAUGGCGGCCAUGAGCGUCCUGCUUCGGGCAGCCGCCGCUCUGGGGACGCGGCGGACCUUGUCGGGUCCCACGCUCGGGGGCUGCUUCCCGCUGUUGCAGCGGGCCGCCGGCCGCUCUGGAGCCAUCGCUCCAGUACGCCAUGGCAGUGGUGGGAAGCCGAUGUUUAUCAUCAGGCCAAGCCGCUUUUAUGAGAAUCGAUUUCUGAGCUUGCUGAGGUUCUAUAUUUUGCUAACUGGAAUCCCGGUAGCCGUACUUAUAACAUGUGUUAAUGUCUUUAUUGGUGAAGCCGAACUGGCUGAAAUACCAGAAGAUUAUGAACCAGAGCCCUGGGAAUACUAUAAGCAUCCUAUAAGCAGGUGGAUUGCACGCUACAUCUUUGACCCACCUCAAAAGGACUAUGAAAAGAUGAUGGCAUUUCUGCAUAUGGAACAAGAAAAAAUUAUAUUAAGGAAGCAAGAGAAGGAAGUACGUCGACUGAUGCGCGAUAAGGGGGAUGGGCCGUGGUACUUCUGGCCAACCACAAGCGUGAGCCUUAUUGAUAAUUCUCCUAAAUCAACACCUGACAACUAGGUUUGUGAUGCUACUGUAGCAAGUGAGCACUGCUGGAUUAUGUAAAAUAUGCGUAUAUGUAUCUCUCUGAUAAAUAAAAAUUCCAGAUCUGUAA